UGAGUAUAAUGGAUCGGAGUCCGAUCCAUUAUGCUCCCCAAUCCGCAGAUCCCAUCUAUUCUGCGGGGAUCAUUGGGGGGGGGUGUCACCAAGUGUUACCGCCCCGGGUGACACCAACCCUAGGGACCUGUUUCAUGUAUGCCCAGGGGCGGACUGACCAUUUGGAAACUCGGGCACUGCGCGAGGGCCCAGGGUCAGUAGGGUGCCCCAUGAGAUGCCCCUGGUACCUUUUUCAUAGGCUUUUUUGAGUUUGGGCAAGGAUACAGGGGCUCCAUGAUCCCCUAUUGCCUGGGGGCCCCAUGA